CUUGUUGAUGAGUCUUUAUUAAAAUUUAGUGCAGAUAGAACAGGCAUGGCUGAUUACGCAUUGGAAUCUGCAGGUGGCAGUCUGAUAAGUGUACGAUGUUCAGAAACAUAUUAUCAUAAAACAGCGUUAGUUAGUAUGUUUGGUAUACCAUUAUGGUAUUGGUCUAAUUCACCUAGAUCUGUUAUACAGCCAAAUGUAAAUCCAGGUGAAUGCUGGGCAUUUAAAGGUCAGAGAGGUCAAGUUGUGAUAGAGUUAUCUAAUUCAAUCAUUCCAAGUGGUUUUACAUUAGAACAUAUACCUAAAUCAUUAUCACCUACUGGGGAUAUCAAGAGUGCUCCUAAAGAUUUCACAGUUUAUGGCCUAGAAAAAGAAGAUAGUAUAAAUGGAUUAUCUUUAGGAAAUUAUACUUAUGAUGAUGAGAGUGUCUCUGUACAAUAUUUCCCGAUACAGAUUCCAAACCCUCCUGUGUUCAAAUUUAUAGAAUUAGAAGUAUUGAAUAACUAUGGACAGAUAAAAUAUACUUGUUUAUAUCGAUUCCGUGUACAUGGCACUCCAGUUGAUAUCCCAAAAUAA